UACUUUCACAUUUAUUGUGAAGUGAAAUGGCGCUGCAGCUAGACCAGGAAAAACUCUGCUGUUCUAUCUGUCUGGAUCUCCUGAAGGAUCCGGUGACAAUUCCCUGUGGGCACAGCUACUGCAUGAGCUGUCUUAAAAGCCGCUGGGAUGAAGAGGAUCCAAAGAAAAUCUACAGCUGCCCUCACUGCAAACAGACCUUCACACAGAGGCCUGUCCUGGUGAAAAGUGCCAUGUUUGCUGAUUUAGUGGAAGCGCUAAAGAAGACAAGACUUCAAGCUGCUCUAGCUGAUCACUACUAUGCCACACCUGGAGAUGUUGCCUGUGAUUUCUGCACUAGGAGAAAGCUGAAAGCCCUCAAGUCCUGUGUGGUGUGCCGGGUCUCUUAUUGUGAGCUCCACCUUCAGCCUCACUAUGAAUCCCCUGCCUUUGAAAAACACAAGCUGAUUGAACCCUCCAAAAAUCUGCAGGAGAAAUUUUGCUCUCAUCAUGAUGAGAUGAUGAAGAUUUUCUGCCGUACUGAUCAGCAGACCAUAUGUAUUUUGUGCACCAUGGAUGGACAUAAAGGCCACGACACAGUCUCAGCUACAGUAGAAAGGAACGAGAAGCAGAGGCAGCUUGGGAUGAGUCGGCAAAAAAUCCAGCAGAGAAUCCAGGACAGAGAGAAAGAUGUGAAGGUGCUUCAGCAGGAGGUGGAGGCGAUCAAUCGCUCUGCUGAUAAAGCAGUAGAGGACAGCGAGAAGAUCUUCAUUGAGCUGAUCCGUCUCAUGGAGAAAAGAAGCUCUGCUGUGAAGGAACUAAUCAGAUCCCAGCAUAAAAUCGAAGUUAGUCGGGCCAAAGAGCUUGAGGAGAAGCUGGAGGAGGAGAUCGCUGAACUGAGGAGGAAGGAUGCGGAGCUGGAGGAGGUCUCGCACACUGAUCACAUCCAUUUCCUACUUAAUUACCCUGUGCUGUCACAUCUCAGUGAAUCUACAGACUCACCCAGCUUAAAGAUCCAGCCUCUGCGAUACUUUGAAGAUGUGAUAGAGGCUGUAUCAGAGGCCCAAGAUAAACUACAGGAUAUUCUCAAUGAGGAAUGGGCGAAGAUCUCACUAAAAGUCAUUGAUGUAGAUGUUUUACUGCCACAACCAGAGCCCAAGACCAGAGAUGAAUUCUUACAAUACACCCGUCAAAUCACACUGAAUCCCAACACAAUUAACGCCUGGCUGUCGUUAUCUGAAGGGGACAGAAAAGCAACAGUAAGGAGAGAAAAGCAAUUAUAUUCUAGUCACCCAGACAGAUUCACUGACUGGCUUCAGGUCCUCAGUAGAGAGAGUCUGACUGGACGGUGUUACUGGGAGGUGGAGAGAAGCAGUGGGGGAGUUUCAGUAGCUGUUGCAUACAAGGACAUCAGCAGAACAGGGAGUGAAAGUGGUUUUGGAAACAAUGACAAGUCUUGGGCGUUAGGAUGUUUCGACAUUACUUAUUAUUUCAGACAUAACAAUAUCAGAACUUUACUCUCAGGCCCUCAGUCCUCCAGAGUAGGAGUGUACCUGGAUCACAAGGCAGGAACUCUGUCCUUCUACAGCAUCUCUGAAACCAUGACUCUCCUUCACAAAGUCCAGACCACAUUCACUCAGCCGCUCUAUGCUGGAUUUUGGGUUUACUGGGUUGGAGACACUGCUGAGUUGUGUGAGCUAAAGUAGACAAGAGCUAUUAAAAGAGGCAAUAGGACAGAUUCUGUUUUUAGUUUUUAAAAUAAGUUUGCCUUAUGUUGCACUGUGUUCUCUGCAGUGGACACUGGACUUCUUAGAGAUCACCUAUUAAUCUAACAAGGUGGGCUGGACUGUUGUGUCUUCUUCCUUUAAAAUGUUGCUGAUGCAGUUUGAGUGUUUGGUGACCCAGCUCUUGUUCUUUUUUCACUCAAACUGGAAACUUGUGCAUCACUUUUUGUCCUGCAGAGGAUUUUCCCCAGAAACCAGCAAGUAUUUACAGCAGCAAAUUGAGUCACUUCUGAUUGUUGCAUCUUUAUGUUUUCUCUAAUAUUUUAUGCUCUCUCCUUGUUUUGUUACUUAUUAAAUCAAUUAAAAGCGCAA